AGCUGAACUGUUAGAGGCAAAACGUAAGAGAGAUAGAUAAUUAUUUACAGAGCGUUUCAGAGAUCAGUUUAUUUGUAUUAAUUGUUAUAAAAUAAGGUACUGUAACUAUUAUUCAGUUCGAAGCGAAUUAGUAAUGUGGUGUUAUUGAAAAGUGAUACAGCUAUUUGUUUAAAUUUAACCGAUUUACAAUGGCACUCAGUAAAAAAGAAACGGAAGAAAUGAAACCACACAUUGAUAAAGCAGUUGAAAAAUGUGUUGGGUUUCAUGAAUCCACUCUUGUCACAACAGCAAUGAAUUGCCUUGCUUCUGGUUAUGAUAAGAGGAAAACCGCUGACAAACUUAGUUCGUUACUGGAGACAUCUAAGGCAUCGAGACUUGCUGACCGGAUAUUUGAGAUAUUGGAUGGCAUGAGAAACACACAACCGAAAUCUUCCAAAAAAAGACAUCAUGAGGGUGACAGCCACGGAGGUAAGAAGACCAAAUUUGAAGAAAACGGUGUUGUGUCUUCAAAAGAACAGUCAACUAAAGAGAAAUCGGCCAAGGAACAACUGUCACCUAACCAGAUCAAAGACAUGAUGGCCAAUGCCCAGAAGAUGAUUGAAGAACGCAAAAAAGCCUUGAGUGCUCUGAGGUCCAGCGACACACGACACAAGGGCCUGGAACCACCUUCUGUCUCUGUACAGAGAACAGAGGAGAAAGCCAAGAAAAUUGCUCAGCUGCAGGCUCAGAUACAGUCGAAGUUGUCAACAGGAGUGUUGAAGAUCCCUGGACUGAACCGGCCAGAGGUGAUCAACAAGCCGACACCUCUUAUCUUAGACAGCCAGGGCCGCACUGUGGACGUAACUGGCAAGGAAAUACAACUUACUCAUGUCAUCCCUACUCUGAAGGCCAACAUUCGGGCCAAAAAGAGGGAAGAGUUCAGACAACAGCUGCAAGAGAAGACAGUGGAGGACAUUAGUGAGAGUUCAUUCUUUGACCCGCGAAUCUCUGCCAAGCCCAGCAUCCGCAACAAAAGAGCUCUGCGGUUCCAUGAACCCGGCAAGUUCCAGCAGCUCGCUGAUAGGAUGCGAAUGAAGGCCCAACUAGAGAAACUACAGAGUGAAAUCUCCCAGAUUGCCCGCAAGACCGGUAUCUCAUCAGCUACAAAGCUGGCACAAAUUGCACCCAAGAUUGAGACUCAGGUGGACGAGAUACCAGCAGUUGAGUGGUGGGACUCUGUUAUAUUAACUGCAGACACAUACCUAAAUGAAGAAGGAUACCCACUAAUAAAGGCACAGACAAUAACAAAUUUAGUAGAACAUCCAAUUCAGGUCAAGCCUCCAAGUGAACCCUUAAAAACUGUUCAUAUGCAUGUAUUUUUAACAAAAAAAGAGCGUAAGAAAUUAAGAAGGCAGAAUAGAAGAGAGGCUUGGAAGGAAGAACAAGAAAAAAUCAGAUUGGGUUUGGAACCCCCACCAGAACCAAAACUGCGAAUCUCGAACCUUAUGAGAGUGCUGGGGACUGAAGCGGUGCAGGACCCCACCAAGGUAGAGGCCCAUGUGAAAGCGCAAAUGGCUAAGCGACAGAAGGCACACGAGGAUGCCAACGCUUCACGUAAACUGACAGAUGAGCAGAGGCGGGAGAAGAAGAUAAGACGUCUCCAAGAGGACACUUCUCUAGGGGUGCAUGUCACCGUCUACAGGGUGAGAGAGUUGACCAAUGCUUCUAAGAAAUUCAAGAUAGAGACCAAUGCCAAACAGUUGUUUAUGACAGGCUGUGUGGUCAUGUUCAAGGAUUGCAAUGUUGUAGUGGUGGAAGGUGGGCCCAAACAACAGGCGAAGUUUAAGAGGCUGAUGAUGCACAGGAUAAAAUGGGAAGAAGAUACACUUAAAAAUCCAACAGAAAAGGAUAAAAAUAACCAAUGUGUACUGAUUUGGGAAGGAGUAGUGCAACAACGAAGCUACGGAGAGAUGAAGUUCAAGGUGUGUGCAACAGAGAAGUUAGCUCGGGAACAGUUCAAGAAGUUUGGUGUUGAACAUUAUUGGGACCUUGCGUACAGUGGAGCCGUGCUUGACAAUCCAGAUGCUUCGUGAGGCUCUUGAGCUAGAUUACUGGAGAAGACAUUCUAUAUAGUCUGUAAUGAGUAGGGGUGUUGAUUUGACCUCUUCAUUUUAAGCAAUGUGUUAAAAAUUUGUUGAGCUCAUAUUUAUUUUGAGUCAAUGUAAUAUAGAUAUAUUAUGGCUUUUUAUCAAUUCAGUAAAAUGUUAAUGCAGAAUAACAAAUUUCAAUUAUCUCUUGAGCCAAAUACUGAAAAUAUCAGGUUUUGAACCAUUUCUACACCCCUAAUAUACAUUACUUCCAACAGACUAUAAGUUGUAAAUUUAUGUAUUUAAUUUCUUCUGCCCUUUAAAAUAAAAUGAUUUGUGGUUUUUUUA